AGAUCUUAGCAUAUUAGAUACAUAUUUCCUUUGUUUACAUGUAACCAGUCUGCGUGAAGACCAAGCCCAUUCAGCCGAAGCUGUCAGUAGUGCUGCUCCCUUCCGAGUCAUGAACUGAAGCAAAGCUAACAAGACGUCGAGCACACGAGUACCUGUUCAUUUGUUCUUCCUUAAUAGGUUUCCCUUAAUACCCAUCUACCUCUGAUUUCUCACUACUUCACUGCACUGCCACCCAUCUCUCAUUUCCUGAAGCAAUGGCUGCUAACAGGAAUGCUUUGGCCCUUCACAAAGUGAUAAUGGUGGGCAGCGGUGGCGUGGGCAAGUCAGCAUUAACACUGCAAUUCAUGUAUGAUGAGUUUGUUGAAGACUAUGAGCCCACCAAAGCUGACAGCUACAGAAAAAAGGUGGUUUUGGAUGGAGAGGAGGUCCAGAUCGACAUCCUCGACACAGCGGGACAGGAGGACUACGCUGCCAUUCGGGACAACUACUUCCGCAGCGGAGAGGGAUUUCUCUGCAUGUUUUCCAUCACAGAAUCCGAAUCCUUUGCUGCUACUGUUGAUUUCAGAGAACAGAUCCUUCGAGUGAAGGAGGAGGAGAACGUACCUUUCCUGCUGGUGGGAAAUAAGUCAGACUUGGAGGAGCGACGGCAGGUCGGAGUGGAGGAGGCCAAGGCUAGAGCAGAUCAGUGGGCAGUCAGCUAUGUCGAGACUUCUGCCAAAACCCGUGCCAACGUAGAUAAGGUGUUUUUUGAUCUUAUGCGUGAAAUCAGAGCCAGAAAAAUGGAAGAUGGCAAAGAGAAAAAUGGAAAAAAGAAGAGAAAAAGUUUGGCAACCAGAAUUCGAGAAAGAUGUUGCAUUUUAUAAUGACUGGGUCACACUAUAACGCUAACAUCUCUUCUCUACCCUUCCACUGCUUCCCAAAAAAUCCAUCAAGUUUUCAUAACACUCCAGGCAAAAAUGCUGGAGAUCAUCUCCUAAAAACACAUCUAGGCUACAGCCUGUGUCUGUUUCUCAAUGGUAUAAAAGGGCAGAACAUCAGAUAUGCAUUAAAAUAACAAAUGGUUUCAAAGGUCUUACAUAUCAUAAGAACAUUUCUCGGCUCAAGCACACCGUAACUGACUAUAAAUAAUACUAUUAUAUAUUUUUUACUUGUAACUAGAUUCUGUUCACUUUAGUUGCUUUUAGUUGAAUGUGAGUAGAUUAAGUGCUGAACACUAACACUUUAGGUAAAAAACUACUACUCCUAACUAUUUGUUAGCAAGUUUACAGUGUAUUUUGAGGAUUUUAACCUCCUGCUCUGUUUUACUUUUUAAAUUAAAGCCUUAAUAUUAGAGUAUACAAAAAUGUUGGGUGUUAAGCCACAUAAAUGCUGUUAGGUAAUUUUCUUAAAGAAAAUUAUAGCUAUAUAUCUUUGUGUAACAUAGGCAAUGCUAAAUAUUUCCCAAGCAAAUAUACAAAUUAUUAAAAAUAUUCUCAGGAAUCGAUGGAAUUUAUUCCUAAUUGGCUUUUUACCAAAACCUUUCUUUAAAUUCAAAGUUUAAAGUGUAAAAGCUCGUGCAUUUCAAUAAAGCUGACACUGUCCAUUAUUUCAUUUUCAUAUCCUAAAUCUAACAGUGCACCAAACUCAUUUCCAAUCUCUCUUUUAAACACAUAUACAGUACUGUGCAAAAGUCUUAGGCCACUAGUAUUUUCUCCAAUAACAAAAUGGUUUUAAGUCAGUUAUAUCUAUGUUUUGCUGUAGUGUGUCAGAAGUCCAGACAGACUGAAGAUGAUGAGGUCAGAUCUCUGUUGUCAGACUCCUUGUGCAAACAAAAAUUAUUCCAUUAUUCCAUUUAAUGGCAAAAAUAAUGUUUGGAAAUGUAAACUGAUAUUUAUACUGAUAUAAAUACUAGUGACCUAACACUUUUGCACAGUACUGUUCAUAAAAUAUUUGUAGUCAAAAGGGCUUAUUCACUUAUUCCUGUGUGUGGCACCAGAUUUAGAGGUUUGUUUUGUGCUAUCUAGGGGUCCCAAAUAACACACAGAUUUUACAAUUUAAAAAUGAGAGUGUCAUCUAGCUUUAGUUGACUUUACUGUGAAAACAGGUUGGAAUUUAUUACAAAGACUGAAUUGUGUACUUUAUCAUAACUUAUAUGCAAUUUAAUAUUUCUUUAAGUUUAAUAAUAAACUACUAUUUUAAGUUUAAUAAUAAACUAAUAAGUUUAUUAUUAUUAUUAUUAUUAUUUUUAAGGGGAAGAGUUAAUUGUGAAAUCAUACUCCCUCAUACUAAAAUUAAAAACCGCUAAGGGCUAGACACCAUCUGCAUUUCGGACACCUGGUCCUGCUGGCUGGAGUAAAAAGAAUUGUCACCCUUUGAUGAAUGGUUUUAAAUAAGCACAUCCACAUGUAAAUAAAUACAUGUGAGCUUGACAGUUUAUUUCCACAUUACUAUGUUGUAAUCUUUUGCAGCUACAACUACACUAUCUCUUUUAAAUGCUUUCUUACUGUCUUUACUCAGAUAGUUGUGUGCACUGUGGCAUAUGCAAGUUUUUCGUUCCCUCUGUUUAAUCAGUCAUAGUGGUUUACUAUGCCUCAGCAAGCUCUUGAUUGGUCUGUGUGUGUGGUAAGUGUGCCAUGUGGCAAUGAUACUGACAUAUCAACAACUGAUGCCUCAAGAGACCCAUCAUGACUUUUAAAGAGUGACUGUCUUUGAGCGCAAAAAGGGUUUACAAUACAGGACAUUUUAAUAUAA